AUCGCCAGUGGCGCAACCGCUGUCAUACGGCUCGUCAAACACCCCGACACCAAUGUUGUCUUGGCCGUCAAGGAGUUCAAAAAGAAGGACAAGACUGAGAAUGAACGCGACUACAUGAAACGUAUGCAGAACGAGUUCAUCAUCAGCAAAACAGCCUCGGGCCACACAAAUAUUGUUACCACAAUUGAUCUAGUCCUUGACGAACAAGAUCAUUGGUGUACUGUAAUGGAAUACUGCCAAGGCGGUGACGCAUUUAGCCUAAUGACACAAGAGCACAGCCGCAUGUCUCUAGACGAUAAUCUGUGUUUAUUCAAACAGCUCUUACGGGGAAUCAAGCACCUUCACGAGCUUGGAAUUGUUCACCGCGACAUCAAGCCCGAAAACCUGGUUCUGACAGCAGGAGGAACCCUCAAGAUUGCAGACUUUGGAGUUGCUGAUGUAGUCCAACGGCCGCUUGAAGAAAAGGCUCGCAUGUGUUCCAAGUGGUGUGGCUCUGAGCCAUUUUGGUCUCCAGAAGUCUGGGAACUGACGUCCGAUGAGUCGGUCUAUGAUGGCAAGGCACUCGACAUCUGGAGUGCCGCAAUCACCUUUUACUGUAUUCGGACCAACGAACUG